AUGACGGCGAAAAAUGAUCGAAAAAGUUUAGAGGCACUUGGCCCGCUGUACAGAAGCACGAAAUCGAACAAUUUCAGUCUCGUCCUGCUGCAGGCCAAGUAUGAAUCGCUGAUCAUGGACUCGAUCGACGAGUUGUCGUCCAUCUCGCUUAUCUGCGAUAAACUGAAAGCCUGCCAGAAACUCUUCGCCCUCGAGACGACCGCCGAGAAGGUGAAUCUGGGCGUCGAGGAGACCCAACUGAUCGCCGAUUUGUGCGUUUACGUGAACCAGGUGCAGUGUGAGCGAGUUCGAAUGCUGUUGCAGUUGGAUCGGCUGAACGAGGAGAACGAUUGGUUGAGAGAAGAGUACCGAGAGUUGGAGGGCAUUCUGCGCAAACUGGCCGAGUUCAACCGAGAGGCGGACAACGACCGGCAAAACUACAAAUUCCUGAUGAGCAUCCGAAAGAGCGACGAGAUGGACAUCGACGUCCGGUCGACGGUGAUGACGAAACCGGUCGAGUUCGACUCUAGUUUCGCCGAGAUGUUGCCCGAAAAGAUGCGCGCCAUCUACCAAUUGUGCGUCGGCUACAUGAAUCAGGGCCGACAUGAGGUGGUCACGUCGUUGUGCACCGGGUUGGCGACCGGCAAUAAGGACAAAGAGUUGACGACCUACGAUCGGGGCCUGCUCAACUUUUUGCAGGGCGUCAAUCUGGUGCGAUUGCAUCGGGAAAAGGACGCUCUCGAGUUCCUCAACGAAGCGAUCCACACGUUCGAGGGCAAAUACGGCCGGGAGCAUGCGAUGCUGGCCAAUGUUCUGCGCGAGAUGGGUCACGCUCUGAUGGGCACCAAAGCGCCGGGCAAGGCGGAACAGUUCUUCCGUCGAGCACUCGAGAUCAAAAUAUUCACCUACGGCCACUUGAACGAGGAGACGGCUCGGGCGAAAAUCGAGCUGGCCGAAGCGCUGUUGGUACAGAACAAGUCGGAAGAGGCGCAAAAUCUGGCCAAAUCGGCUCUGACGGUGGAGUUUGUGCCGCUCGAUCUGAUCGUGGCACAGGCCAAGCAGUGCAUGGCCGCGGCCUCGUUGCAGCUCAACAAACUCGACGAUGCUUUCAUCCUCAUUGACGAGGUCUUUCAGGAGUACUUUCGUCGAAUCGACGUUGAGCCGAUCACGCAAAUGCUGGCGGACGAGGCUCGUCUGCAGGCUCUCACCGUGUCGCAGUUGAUCGCCGCCUUCCUACCGCUCAAGAGCACCACCGAGAUCGAGUGUCUGCGGACGCUCAGUCUCAUCUACGAGGCCAAAGGUAACCAGACGGCCUGCGAGUUGGUGAAGGGACUGAUAAAGACGGAGUGA